CGGCUGACGUCGCUGGGCCCGGCGUCGCGUCAGGGCUGGCCGGCGGUGGCGGCGGCGGUGGAGGCGGAGGCAAUGGCAGCGGACCCCGAGCGGGCUUGAGGGCUCGGACCUGCUCCCUCCCGCGCGACCUCGGGCCCGACCCGGCGCUGCGGCCCCAGCGCGCUCCCCUCCUGCUUCCUCCCCGGCCGCUGCCUGGGCGGAGGCGGAGGCGGAGGCCCGGGCUGGCCGCCCUGCUCGUGCCCCGGCUCGGCCCCGGACGGCCCGGCUGCUGUGCGGAGAGGAGGCCGAGUCGGUAGUGAAAAGAGAAUACUGAAGAAUAGGAUCUCAAGAUGAGUAAAAAGCCCCCAAAUCGUCCUGGAAUCACUUUUGAGAUCGGUGCUCGUUUGGAGGCACUGGACUACUUACAAAAAUGGUAUCCUUCACGAAUUGAAAAAAUUGACUAUGAGGAGGGCAAGAUGUUGGUUCAUUUUGAGCGUUGGAGUCAUCGUUAUGAUGAAUGGAUUUACUGGGAUAGCAAUAGGUUGCGACCGCUGGAGAGACCUGCAUUGAGAAAAGAAGGGCUAAAAGAUGAGGAAGAUUUCUUUGAUUUUAAAGCUGGAGAAGAAGUUCUGGCUCGCUGGACAGACUGUCGCUAUUACCCUGCCAAGAUUGAAGCAAUUAACAAAGAAGGAACAUUCACAGUUCAGUUUUAUGAUGGAGUAAUUCGUUGUUUAAAAAGAAUGCACAUUAAGGCCAUGCCCGAGGAUGCUAAGGGGCAGUUUCUGUUCCAGGUGAAAUCCCAGCAUCCACUAAGCUGGUGUUGUCCUAUCGACCCAGCUGGAUCGUGUAACCAGUCUAUGGGAAGUGAGGAUUGGAUAGCUUUAGUCAAAGCAGCUGCUGCAGCUGCAGCCAAGAAUAAAACAGGGAGCAAGCCUCGCACCAGCGCCAACAGCAAUAAAGAGAAAGAGAAAGAUGAGAGGAAAUGGUUUAAAGUACCUUCAAAGAAGGAAGAGACUUCAACUUCUAUAGCUUCUGCAGAAGUUGAGAAGAAGGAAGAUCUGCCCACAUCUAGUGAAACAUUUGUAGGACUUCAUGUAGAGAACGUUCCAAAGAUGGUCUUUCCACAGCCAGAGAGCACAUUAUCAAACAAGAGGAAAAAUAAUCAAGGCAACUCAUUUCAGGCAAAGAGAGCCCGACUUAACAAGAUUACUGGUUUGUUGGCAUCCAAAGCUGUUGGGGUGGAUGGUGCUGACAGAAAGGAAGACUGCACUGAAACAGCUCCAAUGCUGGAGCAGGCGAUUUCACCUAAACCUCAAAGUCAGAAAAAAAAUGAAGCUGACAUUAGCAGUUCUGCCAACACUCAGAAACCUGCACUGUUAUCCUCAACUUUGUCUUCAGGGAAGGCUCGCAGCAAGAAAUGCAAACAUGAAUCUGGAGAUUCUUCUGGGUGUAUAAAACCCCCUAAAUCACCACUUUCCCCAGAAUUAAUACAAGUCGAGGAUUUGACGCUUGUAUCUCAGCUUUCUUCUUCAGUGAUAAAUAAAACUAGUUCUCCACAGCCUGUGAACCCCCCUAGACCUUUCAAGCAUAGUGAGCGGAGAAGAAGAUCUCAGCGCUUAGCCACCUUGCCCAUGCCUGAUGAUUCCGUAGAAAAGGUUUCUCCUCCCUCUCCAGCCACUGAUGGGAAAGUAUUCUCCAUCAGUUCUCAAAAUCAGCAAGAGUCUUCAGUACCAGAGGUGCCUGAUGUUGCACAUUUGUCACUUGAGAAGCUGGGACCCUGUCUCCCUCUUGACUUAAGUCGUGGUUCAGAAGUUUCAGCACCGCUAGCCUCAGAUCCCGCUUACCAUAAUGAAUGUCCCAGGGCAGAAAAGGAAGACACACCGAUGCUUACAAAUCCUUCUUCCAAAGCAAUAGCUGAUGGAAGAGGAGCUCCAACAGCAUCAGGACUAUCGAAAACAGAAAAAAAAGUGAAAUUGGAAGAAAAAAGCUCAACAGCAUUUGGUAAGAGAAAAGAGAAGGAUAAGGAAAGAAAAGAGAAGAAAGACAAAGACCAUUACAAACCAAAACAGAAGAAGAAAAAGAAAAAGAAAAAGAAAUCCAAGCAGCAUGACUAUUCAGACUAUGAAGACAGUUCUCUAGAAUUUCUGGAAAGGUGCUCUUCUCCACUAACUCGAUCUUCUGGGAAUUCUCUGGCUCUGCGAAGCAUGUUCACGGAGAAAAAUACAACAUAUCAGUACCCAAGGGCAAUUUUGUCAGUUGAUCUUAGUGGUGAAAACUUAUCAGAUGUGGAAUUCCUAGAUGAUUCUUCAACAGAGAGUUUGCUUCUCAGUGGGGAUGAGUACAAUCAGGACUUUGAUUCAACCAAUUUUGAGGAAUCUCAGGAUGAAGAUGAUGCUCUUAAUGAGAUUGUGCGGUGUAUUUGUGAAAUGGAUGAGGAGAACGGCUUCAUGAUCCAGUGUGAAGAGUGUCUCUGCUGGCAGCACAGCGUGUGCAUGGGGCUGCUGGAGGAGAGCAUCCCCGAGCAGUACAUCUGCUACAUCUGCAGGGACCCGCCUGGUCAGAGGUGGAGUGCAAAAUACCGGUAUGAUAAGGAUUGGUUGGAUAAUGGGAGAAUGUGUGGGUUAUCGUUUUUAAAAGAAAAUUACUCUCAUCUCAAUGCCAAAAAGAUAGUUUCCACACACCACCUGCUUGCUGACGUCUGUGGUGUCACAGAAGUCCUGCACGGGCUCCAGCUGAAGAUCGGCAUACUGAAGAAUAAACGUCAUCCUGACCUUCAUCUCUGGGCUUGUUCUGGGAAGCGAAAAGACCAAGAUCAAGGAAUUGCUGGGGUGGAGAAAAAAGUAGCAGUGCAAGACACAGUUAAUGUAGAGGAAAGGAAAUACCACGUGCAGAACCAUAAAGAACCACCUCGUUGGCCCCUAAAAAUGGAAGGAACUUACAUAACAAGUGAGCACAGUUACCAAAAGCCACAAAAUUUUGGUCAGGACUGCAAAGCUCUCGCAGACCCUGGGAGCUCAGAUGAUGAUGAUGUUAGUAGUUUUGAAGAAGAACAAGAAUUCCACACAAAAGAUAAAAAACGUUCACAAUACUCAGUGAAAGAAGAUGGAACGCCUGAAAAGAAGAAUCCAGCUGAAAGGAAUACGGUAUUUAUUUAUAAUGAUAAAAAGGGCACUGAAGACCCAGGAGACUCACAUCUUCAGUGGCAGCUCAAUCUCCUUACACACAUAGAGAAUGUGCAGAAUGAAGUUACCAGCAGGAUGGACCUAAUAGAAAAAGAAGUUGAUGUUCUGGAAAGCUGGCUCGAUUUCACAGGCGAGCUGGAGCCGCCUGACCCUCUCGCAAGACUGCCGCAACUUAAACGCCAUCUCAAACAGCUCCUGAUUGACAUGGGCAAAGUACAACAAAUAGCAACUCUUUGCUCUGUAUGACAACAGUGAAAACCUAAGGAAAAGAAUGUGGGUCUCCUCAGUUGAUAAUUUUUAUUAUCCACAUGACUGCUGAGUGGAUAGUUAAAAAAGCGUAGUGAUGUUUGGUCAUUUACUGAUGUGUGACAUCAAUAGGAUGGCACCUUGGAAAGGAAAAUGAAGAACGACCUUUCUCAAGGAAGCUAAUAUUAGAAAAAGAUUAUGAGCAAGCUACAUGAUAAUGUGUUAUAUGCCAGGGAUCAAUGAAGUUGAAUAUAAUUUAUACCAAGGAAAUUGAGUUGGCAGGGUUUUUCAAUAGUUGCUUUACAUGAAGCUCGAGAUACGUGUAGAAAGAAAUAUGGUGUGUUUAUAUAAUUUUUAGUAGAAAGAUCCAUGUAAUAAGCCAGCAUUUGGCCAAAAGCAAAAUUGUAGAGGCAAGGAAAUUCUGGAGAGUUCUGUAAGGUUGCUAUACGAACUGUCUUCACUGCAGUUGAUCCAGCUGCACCGAAGUUUAGAUAAGUAUUUAAACUUUCAUGGGAUCAUGAGCUGUAUCUUAGGUGAUGAAUGUUCUUAAUCAGAAAACUGACAGUGGAAGCCUCACUUGUGAGGAAAAACAAUUGUGGAAUUCUGACUUCAUUAUGAUUAUAUAUUUUUAAAAAUGCCAAAUAAUUGGAAUUUCUUGCAGGCAUUAAGCUCAUUACAAACAGAAUGGCUUGCAGAAGGGUCAGUGUGCCAAAUGACGAUGACACUGCUGGAGAGAGAAUGUUAAAUGUCAUGGGAGUUCCGCCCCCAGGUCUUGCGGAUGCCGUCAGCCCAUCAGAAACAGGGAUGUGUCAUGUGGACUGUCAAUGUCCUAUAUAUAGUUGAAUUCAGGACUCAGGCGUCAGCGUACAGUUUGAUCCUGAGUAUGCUUGGUGUUUGCCUUCAGAUAAAAAUUGUAAAUAACCUCAGCUGGGAUGAGGAGUGACAGAAAUAUCAAAAUGAUUUGUGGCUGUGGAUUUUUUAACUGCUGGUAGUGGAAUACUGGAAAAGCUUCAUUUCUGAAGAUGAAUUUUAUUUUUAAAAAAUACAUGCGCACUCAAAACUUUUAGCUUUGAUCACAAAUGGACAGAUUUCUGAAACCAAAGGCAACUAAGUUGCUGAGUUAGCUCUUGCUGGAUUUCGGGCCCAGGUCCUCCUGUCUGCCAGUGCUCUUGUGAGUUGCGUGCCGCCGCCAUGCUCCAUACGCAGGUAUGCGUAAGCGUGUGUGCUUGUUUGAAACAAACACUCAACGUACAUAUGUACAUAUCCUACACAUAUUUAUAUCUGCACAUAUCUAGUUUUAUUACUAUAGACUAUAAGAGUUGGUGGUUAACAUGAAAUGUUACCUUUUAACAGACAGUUUUUAAAAAUUAAAAAUGUAUGUACAGGUUUUGAAACUUUUUUAAAAAGGGGAAAAAGACUGUUCAGAGGAGGCUAUUUGAUGAUAUAACACUUGAAUAUUUUAUGCCUCAUUCUGUUUAUCAGUUCUAGCGAUCUGUGUAAAUGCAUUUUAGAACUGAUACACAGUAAACUUGAAUUUAUCUUUGAUAAGAAUACAUGCCACUGUACAUUCAGAUAUUAUUUAAAUUUGCAAACACACUGUUCUAUAUGUAAGGUACUCUAUGUAAAACUCUUUAUUAAAACUAUUCCACAUAUCCUAAUAUUUCAGCUUGCCUUUUUGCGGCCUUAUAUUUUGAUGUGAAGACGAUUAAAAGAAUGUGCAAAACCAUCAUUAGAAAUUUUUAUUGCCUUUUGACAUUUUCCAACUUGACAAAUGUGCCAAAGAUCAACAAACAUAAGAUAUGGUCCUGUGUAUUUACUUAUUAUACGUUAACUUUAUCAGAGAUCUUACUGGCAAAUGAAAAGCUUUAGUAGAGGUGACUGGGGUACUUGCUUUAAUUUGUAUAUUAAAGUAAAAAAAAAAAAUAGUGCCUAUAUUCCAUGUGUGGCGUAAACUUCCUGAUGUCUAUAUUAUCUUUCAUUUGUGUUAAAAAAAUAAUGGCUCUAAUCUUUUCCCUGUUGUGGUUAAAUUCCAGACAUUGAAUUUGUAUCUUUUUUUUUUUUUUUCUUCAGAGUGGAGCAAAUAGCAUCCCUAACCUAUGAAUUGUGGAGUUGCCUAGAUUCUUGUCACAUACACAGAAGACCCUUUGUACCUAGUAAUACUCAUCUUCUCGGUCCCUGGUGACCACAGUUAGAUUGAUGUGCAUUGUUCUUGUAGUACCUUAUAAUCAGAUCAGUUUAUUGGUUAGCAGCCAGCAAAUGAGAAGUUCCAUUAAUACUUAGAUUACUAAAUUUUUGCUCCGCUUUUAUGUAUAUGAAUUGAAAGCCUAAAUUUUUUAAUUUAGAUUUUUAAAGUAAAUCUAUGUCAGAUUACUUUUAUGUACAUACCCAUUUAAUUUAGAGUAUAUCAACAUAUACACUUGGUUGAAGUAAGCUGAGCCUUUCCCGGUUUAAAAGUAUAAAUUGGUUUUUGAGAAGUAAGUCCAUUGUGAGAGGUUUCGGAUGAGUUUUCUUUCCACUUAAUCUUUCUGAACAAAUAUAUGUUAAGUAUAAGCAAUAAACUAGAGAGGGUGUUUCUUGAAAAGAUAACUUUUCAUUGCUACCCAGACAGAACCAAAUGAGCACCGGUGGGAGGGAUCCUUAGAAUGGUACUGAUAAAUGUAAUUUGUAUUUCCUCAUACCUGUGCGUGGUCCUACUGACUAACUUUUCUCAAACUUAAGGGCAAUGCACUCUUUCCUUAAAGGAAUUCAGUUACUCUCAUAAUUUCCUAGCACUCUUAUUUUCACUGACUUAUUUCCCCUCACUUAUUCCACAUGUUUAAAACAAAGCACCCUAUAUCCCCUCCAGUCACCUUGACCUCCUCCACCUUCACUCUCUCUGCUGUGACAUUACGCUGAGAGCCCCAGCUUGUAACUCAUAGUCUCCCCGUAUCUGUCCCAUUGAGCUGGCUGCUCAAAACAUGCUGCUUUCCCCCUUUGCCAUCUCUAGUUUUUAUCACAUCAUGUUGUGGAGGUGUUAAUACUGGCCUCCUGAAAUUUUAACCCUCCUUGUAGUUCAUGAAAACGGUCACUUGCCGGGCUAGAAGAUUCACGCUUCCUGAGCACCUGCUUUGUGCCAGUAUCGUACGUUACCUGCAGAACCCUGUUGGAUGCUGGUGCGGAUAGUUGGUCAGACAAGAUCAUUUUCAAGACGGGGAAGCUGAAAGUAUAGAGACAUUUAGAAACAUGUCCUCAGUAAGACUUAAGUGGCGGGUUCAAGAUGCGAACGCUGUGGUCCUGGUCUCUUCCUAGCAGAGGUGCAUUUCAACUGUUGUUGUCAGUUCAGUUGUCUUCUCUGAAACCACUGGUGACUCCCUGUUUCAAAUCAGUUUUGUGUCAUCCGGAUCUCAAAUUCAUUUAAGUACAGCCUCACUGUUAGAUGGCCUAUGCUUGUUUCCAUGUCUUGCCUCCUUAACAUUUCCCUCUUCUGGAAGAUUCUCCUUUGUUGUGUCUCUACAAACCUGGGCAGUUAUUCAAGCUUCAAUUUCUCUUCCAUAUCCAAGGGCUCCUCUCGUACCCUGCAUUGUUCCCGCAUGCAGCGUUCCCUCGUGUCGCUCCUCCUCAGCAGGAAUAACGAGGAGCGACAUCAGGGAACGCUGCACCUGGCACUUAGUGGGGCAGGCAUGAGCUUUGCAAUUCUGCCACUCACGUUUUCACGCUGGCAGAUUACCAGCAGUGAUCUCUCUGAGCUCGGGUUUCCUCAUCUAUCAAAUGUGAAUGAUCCCUAACAGAACCGUGUUGAGAGUUAAAUGAAGCAAAGUACCUAGAAGCUCUGAUUAAAUUGUGAAGUUGAAAAUUAAAUGCAGUGGUCACAUAGAGUGUCAUCCAUUUGCCAGCCAUCAGGUUAUGUGGCUGGAUAUAGAACUAAUCAGGUCGUAGUCUAUAGGCUAAUAGAAACAUAAAAAACAUAUUUUUCAGAGAUGGGUGAUAUCGAAGAGUACAAGGAGCCAGAGAGGCAAAAGAAUGGAAAGAUAAUUAGAUUUGUAGGUAGUGGGGCUUGGGGGAAAUAGAAUAUGUGCAUUAACCAAAAAAAUGGUCUUUGAGUGUUUUUUGACCUCUGUAUAGGAAUUUUGGAAAAUUAUCUGCUCCUGGUACCUGUAUCAUUGGGUACCCCUAAAAGUGGAUCUGAAGACAAAACUUAAGUAUGUUUACUGUGUUUAAGAGAUCAUCCAAGGAAGCUGGAGUGAGGAAGAUGAAAGAGUGGGGGAGGGGAGGACAAGGCCAAUAUAGUUACGCACGGCUGAGGACCCUGCUGUGGGCCGUGGAGCUUUGAUUUUGCCAUUUGAAACUGUUCAUCAUAAAUUUAAACAAUUGCAGAAGGUGUGACUUCCAGUUUGUAAAUAUUGGCAUAUUAAAAUCAACCUGCUAUUUUUAAAUGUA